CCGGAUCUCAUUCUGAGUCCAAACUAACAGAGAGCAUCUAAUGGAAGUACAGAGAAGUGUCGUGUCCCAACAAAGCACCACCACCACCACCACCACAAGCAGCAGCAGCAGCAUGUGUGAGUCCACGCAGAGAUCCUGCGAGCCUCGCCGAAAGAGAGUGGAUGAGCGCAGUGCGCCCUCGGAGAUGUCCAGGAUUAUCACCGAUCCUGCCACGGGGAAGUGUUACUGCCGUGGAAAAGUUUUGGGAAAGGGAGGGUUCGCUAAAUGCUACGAGAUGACCGACCUCUCCACCAGCAAAGUUUACGCAGCCAAAAUCAUUCCACAUGCGCGCGUCUCCAAACCUCACCAACGGGAGAAGAUUGACAGAGAAAUUGAGCUGCACAGAGCACUGCACCACAAACACAUAGUGCACUUUUAUCACUAUUUUGAGGACAAGGAGAACAUCUACAUCCUGUUGGAAUACUGUAGUAGAAAAUCGUUAGCCCAUAUCCUUAAGGUUCGUAAGGUGCUCACUGAGCCAGAGGUGCGUUAUUAUCUGAGGCAGAUUGUGUCUGGUUUGAAGUACCUGCACGAACAAGAAAUCCUUCACAGAGACCUGAAACUUGGUAACUUCUUUGUGAGCGAGUCCAUGGAGCUGAAGGUCGGGGACUUUGGUCUGGCUGCCAAGUUGGAGCCGGCGGGAAACAGGAGGAAGACGAUCUGUGGAACUCCCAACUACCUGUCCCCCGAGGUGCUAAACAAGCAGGGCCACGGCUGUGAAUCAGACGUUUGGGCCCUUGGCUGUGUCAUGUACACCAUGUUGUUGGGCAGACCACCAUUUGAAACCACCAACCUGAAGGAAACGUACAGGUGUAUUAGAGAGGCCCGGUACUCCCUGCCCUCGUCCCUGUCACCACAGGCUAAGCAGUUAAUUGCCAGCCUGCUCGCCAAGACCCCCGAGGACAGACCCAACCUGGAUCUCAUUCUGAGGCAUGACUUCUUUACACAGGGCUUCAGUCCAGAGCGUCUGCCGGCUAGCUGUUGCCAUUCAGCUCCAGAUUUCCACGUCUCCAGUCCAGCCAAGAGCUUCUUCAAGAAAGCUGCUGCCGCACUCUUUGGUGGGAAGAGAGACAAGGUCAAAUACUACGAAACACUGAAUAAGUUAACCAAAGAGGAAGAGGAGAUUUACAAACUGCAGCAUGACCUGGAGAGAACUGUCAUCAGCCAGCAACAGAGCAAAAAGAUUUCUGAGAAUGGAAGUCUACUUCCGCCAUCUGCAGAGAGCCACGUUGCCCUGGCAACAGAGAGCCAGUCUCCAGCUACGCAAGACACCAUCCGUCUGAUUGUAAGGGGAAGUCUGGGGAGCUGCAGCAGCAGCAGUGAAUGUCUGGAAGACAACACAACAGGCAGUGUGGCCGAGACUGUUGCGAGCGUGUUGAGGGGAUGUUUGGAGAAUAUGCCUAAAGCAGACGACGUUCCUCAAGGCUCGACGAGCUGCAGCCUUCAGUGGGUGACAAAAUGGGUGGACUACUCCAACAAGUACGGCUUUGGCUACCAGUUGUCUGAUCACACCGUGGGAGUCCUCUUCAACAAUGGCACUCACAUGAGCCUCCUGCCUGACAGAAAGACCAUCCAUUAUUAUGCAGAGUUGGGCCAGUGCUCUGUUUUCCCCACCUGUGAGGUUCCGGAACACUUUGUGGGCCAAGUGACUGUACUCAAGUACUUUUCUCACUACAUGGAGGAAAACCUCAUGGAUGGCGGGGAUUUGGGCAGUAUGACAGACGCACACAUGCCCAGACUCUACCUGCUGCAAUGGCUCAAGUCCGACCGCGCCCUCAUGAUGCUCUUUAACGAUGGCACAUUCCAGGUCAACUUUUACCACGACCACACCAAAAUCAUCCUGUCCUGCCAGCAAGACGAGUACAUGCUGACAUACAUCAACGAGGACCGCGUCUCAAAAACCUUCAAACUCAGCUCCCUGCUGACGUGCGGCUGCCCCACCGAUCUGCGUGAUCGCAUGGUGUACUCCCUCAACAUGCUGCUGCAGAGGUGCAGCUAAAGCCAACGAGGACACGUCCCGGAAUCGUGUGAAGUAACGCUCCAUCCAACGCACUGUGUCCCAGCGGAAUGAUGAUUAAGACGGGAUCUGCUAAGACCGGUGGGACCAAAGAUGAACUUGUGCUAAGUGAAUGAAUAUUCCUCCACUGCUGCACCUUUGUGACUCAGCAGAGGCGCGGGGGAAAACGAGAGACUGGACGGAAUAGAGAUAAAGAAAUGUAGCACAAUAACAGUGGAUUGAAAAGGGCUGAUUUGUUUUGUCAAUUGUUCUACGAGAGAAAGGGCUGAGUUAUGUUGGUACGAAUGUGAACCCCAGAUGUUUUGGGGGGGUGGGGGGUGGAAAAGAGGGAUAAUUGGAAAGUAAAGUCAAAAGCUGGGCUGGCACCAGCGUAAUCAUGUACAGAGGUGUAGUAAAAGGUGUUUAUCGAGGACGUCCAAGUAGAGCGACGCUCUGAGUGCAACCGGACUGUGGAAUAUUGUAAAUGAUGUACAGUGUAUGUCACAACCAAGUCAGCAGUGCAAAAGAGGUGAUCUGAGUGUGUGUGUGUGUGUGUGUGGAUGCUCCAGAACUUAGCUGUUUAUGUGUGAGUGGGAGGGUUGAAAUAUCACACACAUUUUUCAAUACUGUGAUUUGUUCUCCUCACUGACAGAUGGACUCAGUACACUGAGCUGAGGAGUAAAAUGUGUGUGUGUGUGUGUGU